GCUUACUUUGCAUCGUCACAGAACACCUUCUCUUUCCCAAACGUCAAUACUGGGGACAAGGUCCGGACAUUUCAACGAUGCACUGUUCGCGCUGAUGCGGCCGGAUGGUUGUAAGCACUCACAGGAGUAAGGAGAGGUAUUGGUAAGAAUGGAAGUCCAGACUCUGAUACCUGCUUUAAAUCAGAGAGAAGGUGGAGCUAUCGUCAUGGCGCCGGUUGAUGGAGAUCCCCUCACUACCAGUACCUAGGUAUAUAACGGUAAGUUCUCUCUACAUCUGUAAGUAUUUCUUCAGUCAUAGUUUCUCUGGUCAAUCUUCUUCCAAUCAGCAAACCCAAAUAUCAUCUAUUUCCAACAUGGCAGACAAUAAACCCACCCUUCACCACCUCAAUAACUCACAAUCCCAACGCAUCCUCUGGCUCCUCGAAGAACUCGGCAUCGAAUACAACCUCGUAACACACAUCCGUAACCACCCAAAAGCACCCUUCCGCUCUCCUCCCUCCCUCCAAGCUACAGGCCCCUACGGCAAAGCCCCCGUCCUCAUAACCGGCGCGGCAGAUGGAAAUCGAUACAUCACUGAAUCCUCAGCCAUCGCUACAUACCUGAUCCGCACAUUCGACAAGGAAGACAAAUUCGGGCUCAAGAACGGCGACUGGAUCCGCGACGAGACCCUCGUCAGUAUCGUCUCCACCAGCCUCAGCAAAGCAACCACCAUCCUCCUCCUCUUAGACUUCGGCUUACUACGAAACGGCACCGGCCCAGGAGGGAAACAAUACGACGGUCCUGAGAUCCGGAAUGUUCUUAAGGAUUUGACGAGGGAGUUGAAAGAGGGCCUGCCUGGAGGCUUCUUCAUGGGUAAGGAGCCUGGCAGAGCGGACAUCAUGCUGGAGUUUGGGAUGAGCAGUAUUAAGCAGAGGAAGAGUGUGGAUCUGGCGGGGGAGUUUCCUGAGUUGGAUGAGUGGUUGCGGAGGGUGUAUGAGAGGCCGGCUUGGAAGAGGGCGGUGGGGAAGGCGUUUGGGGGGGUUUAUGAUAUGACGACUUUCCCAAAGGGACCUCAUUUGUAAGGGGUAUUGCUGAUUUUAUAUGAUUAAUCUGGGCUGGUAUCUCAACUCUAAUUUGAUUUUGCCAAUUGGAUGCCCAAGGGAUUUCUGUUGAUGGUAGUAGUGGAGGCAGACCAGCUUCUGUACCUGGAGUUAACUGUACGUAGCUCUUUGCUCCUUCCUCUCUCUUUCUUCACCCUUCCGGUCGACCCAAUCCAAAGUAUCAAAGCAUGUUGCUCUACUUCGUUCCACCUCGGCCUCAAUAUGCUCGUGUGAAGUCUGUAUGGGUGGUAUGCCUAGGAGAGACCGUAAUCACACACUAACUGGAUCGGCUUCUGUCUCGGACUUUGUUCAUACAUAUUCAAUGGCUGGACUCUAGAGACCGCAGCUUUGCUAAUUCACCAUAGAAUCUACUCAACUCAUAGCAUAUAAUCAUCACUUAAGAAAGCAGUCAAAAAGAGAACUAGGCAAGAAGUGAACAAGACUCGUUUAGGCUCUACGGACAAAAGUACUCUGCUCUGUAAAGGCUCCAUCUUGUAAUCAUGUAUUGUACACUUAUGAAUGCACUCCUCUCAUCUAACCACCGAACGCCAUUAGCAAAUGUAUCUGUGUACGCCUGUUGUACUGUGUCCCAACGUCGCUUGUCUGUCCCUCAUGCUCUCUGUUCAUCAACCAUCACCAGAACCUCCUUAGUCUCCUCAACCACCAUCUCAUCCCUAGCCUUCAACUCUCUCUUCUCCUCAUCUGCAUCCAUAUACACCAAACCCUCAAAUUUAUCCGCCUUCUCCAAAUCCAAUCCCUCCAGCACCUCCCCACUAACCGCCCUCUUCUGCGCCUCCGCCCAAGCCUCCUGCUUAACCAACCCAUCAAUCCACCAAUCCACACCCCCCAAAUCCCACCUCCACCCCCCAACCUGACACAUCACCACCGCA